UUUUUUUUUUUUUUUUUAUUGCCUUGCUUCAAAAGCAAUUUUUGCACUGAUUAUUCGUAUUAAUUUUUUUCAUCAUGUCGUUGUCCAAACCUGCAAUGGCGCAGCUGCACAUCUGGAGCACGCUGCUCGAGACCAAAGCCGGCCGGGACAAGGUCUUCCGUACCGUUGGAUACUCGGCCAAGCUCAUCUCAGGUCUUCUCGUCCGGUUUAAAAGUGCAAACACAACUGGAGUCAAAAAGCUGCAGACGCUGAGCGAGGCGAUCAGCAACCUGCGCGUCAUGACACGCCUGCUGGAUGGCGUCUCGAUGGUGACUGAAUCCAUCGAUUAUGGCACUGGAUCGUCGGAGCCGGAUGUGCUCGUGCGAGUCUGCAAUGUCAUGCAAAACGUCCUCUACUUGCUAUACUAUCCGUGCGAGCACAUUGCGUGGGCCGGCUCGGUCAAGCUCAUGACCGUGGAUGUCAACAAGUGGUACGACCGCUCGGACGUGUUCUGGGUCUUUGCAUUGAUCUUUUCGCUCGUGUCCUACAUCCACCUGCUGCGCAAGCUGUACGUGCAAGAGCGCAAGCUUGCGCGCGAGGCUGCGCGGAAAACCGGACCGGCCGUUGGCUCGCCCGAAUAUGUUAAAAUGCACAAGGCGAUCAAGGAUCGGCGCAAAAACCUCGUGCUCGGCUUUGUGCAGGAAGGCUGCGACUUUAUGAACGCCAUCCAUUGGUUGCCAUCGGGGUAUCUCUGGGCCGAAAAGUUCCCGCCCUACGUUGUUGGUUUCUUUGGCUCGAUUUCUUCCUUCAUUGGACUGUACAAGAACUACAGGAGCGCAGCAGCAGCCAGUGCUUCCGGGUAGCGUGAAUGGAUUCCGUUGAUUUGUAUUUGUUUUGUGCUUUUUUUUGUCUGUUGUUUGUUGAUACUGGUUUUUGUGCAAUCCCUCAGAUGCUUCGACUUGUUCCGUCGCUUUGUUUUGUUGUGGCACGCUUGUCUCCACCCAAAUCACCGUAAAUGCACUCGUAAAGUACAUGUAUAUGCUUUGUUGAGUAGAAACAAAACAAA